AUGGCACUCCUAACACCCCAGGGAGUAAAGGAAGUCUUCCAAUUUCAGAAACCCAAGGGGCGAGAGCACCUGCGGAGGCUCCUGAACUGGGAGGAGUUUGAUGAGCUGAGGGAUGCCCGGAGGAGCAUCCUGCUUGACACCCUCUAUGACAGCAUCAUCUUUGCUGUGGGAAAAGGCUUCCCAUGGGUCGAGGUGGUCCAGGUGGUCAAGUUCACAGAAGAGCUGCUCAAGGAAACCAAAGGCUGUUCCAUCACAGAGGCUGUGACAAUCCUGGGGACCAAGCUCCGAGUUUACCAGAAGCAGUUCAAUGUCACCCACCUGCUGGCCCUCUGUGACUAUUUCCACAAUACCUUCAUCCGACACUAUAGACUCUACCAGUAUGUCCUUAGCCAGGACCAGGAGGUCAACCUGACAGUCACCCAUGUGGAAAUGUGUGCACCACCCCAGCCCCUUCCACUCACAGAGGGCAUAGACAGGCAUGUGUGGCAGCAUGAGCAGCAGGUGGCUGAGCUGAGCACGGCUGAGGUGCAGAAACGUGCCAAUGUGCUGCUGCUGAAGGAGACGCUGCACCUGGAGCAGGCGCACAUGCUGCAGAAGGCCUUUGAGGUCCAGGAGGCACCAAUGCAGCUGCAGCCCCGGCCAACCCUGAGGAGGGAGGCUCUGGAGCAUCUGGUGAGGGAGGCCAUCCGCAUCCAGAUCGCAUGCCUGCAGGAGCUCCUACAGUACGAGAUCCAGGCAGCCUUCGACAUCCUGGACCUGAGACUGCAGAAGAAGACACUCAGCCUCUGUGCUCCUCCACCCCCGCUUCCCUGUAUCACCUCUGGCCAGGUGGCUCUAGAAGACUCUCCUAAGGCUAGUAAGGCCAAUAAAGGAAAGAAAGCCAGAGCUAAGAAGUAGGAGGUUGGUGACUACUGCCCGAGGACUCGCGUGAGGAGAAACAUGGAGCGUGCUUAGUAUAGACCCAGAGGCUCCUAGUAAUUAAAAGAAACAAAGCCACUCAAUGCUG